AUGGCGUAUCACAGCAAAACUGUUGAUUAUGGAAUGAAGAUGGCAUCGCUGAUGUCGGUUCCCUACGUUAGCAAUGUCCAUACUAUGGACAAACUGACAGAUCGUGAGCUCAAUCACUUGAUUGUCAAAGAAGAAAAGCCACCAGAUAACGCUGACAAGCCUCUCAGUUUCAUGUUGGCGCGGAUUUUUUGGUCAUUUACAGUCACACUCCCUGACAUGAUGGAGCUGAGGGUCCCUUUACAUAAAAUUCGCUACAGGGAUCACAGACUACACAGUAAAUUCACCCUCAUACAUGAACAGGACCUGGUUCCGCUGUUCAAUGAAGAUGAGCAGCAGUGGAACUGGGCGCUUCCAAUAUUGCAUCUCGAUGAGCCUCACAUUGAACAGAUUGAAGAAACUGUUGGAGAUGGGUCAGAGGAAACUGAGAAUGAGAUGUCUGGGAGUGGGGUCAGCGACAGCUUACCAGAGGGUCCGCCAGUUGAGGCUCGGAAACAUCCAUUCGAGGAAAUCUUCGCCUCCUUUUUCAAUAUCAUGUCUGGUGCUGUUGCCCAUGAGCAGCCAAUGGUCAUGAAGGCGAAUAACGCAGUGAUAUGUACAUGGAGUUCGGCCAAUGCCACGUGUCCUGUGAAGGACGAGGAAAUUCAACGCAAGCCUGACCUUGCGCUGUUGAAUGACGUGACAGCUCAAUGGGACAUGAUCAAGGCUGCUAUCCCUCACCAACGGGUACCAUGA